AUGAAGGUGAAAAUAGGUAGGUCAAGAAUCAUUCAGCCUUUGUAUGAAGGCACCCCUCCCACAAUAACAAACCAUAUUCCCCUAUCUGUCUUUGAUAAGGUCACUUAUGACCAACAUGUUGCGGUUAUUUACGCAUAUCGUCCUCCGAUCCCGCCAACUGUAACGAUCGAGUUAGGGCUCCAAAAGGCGUUGGCCGAAUAUCGAGAAUGGGCCGGGAGGCUUGGCAAAGAUGAUAAUGCUGAUCCUAUCAUUCUUCUCAAUGAUGAGGGUGUUAAGUUUGUUGAGGCGUCGGUGGACCGCUCUCUUGAUCAGGUGAUGCCCUUUAGACCUUCGGCUUCUUUGUUAAGCCUUCACCCUAGCCUCGAGGGCGUGGUGGAGCUCGUUCAAGUUCAACUUACAACCUUUAGUUGUGGCUCUUUGGUGGUUGGCUUCACUGCAAACCACCUCGUGGCUGAUGGACACUCGACUAGUAAUUUCUUGGUUGCUUGGGGCCAAGCUUGUCGAGGACUCGAAAUUAGUCCGCUCCCUUUUCAUGAUCGUACAAUAUUCUCCCCACGAGACCCUCCUAUAUUAGAGUUCGAGCAUAGAGGAUUCGAAUAUAUCAACAAAAAACUAAAGAAAGUUUAUCCUCUAAUCCAUAAUGGUGUUGAUGACAUUGUGGCUCACAAAGUUCAUUACUCGACGGCGUUUCUUGCCAAGCUUAAGGCCAAGGCUUCUUCAUUGAAUGGAAACAACAAGCCAUUUAGUACUUUUGAGAGCCUUUUGGCACAUCUUUGGAGAUCCAUAACAAGGGCUCGUGGCCUAAGUGAGCAUGAAGUCACCCAAGUGAGAAUAUCUGUCGACGGACGCCACCGGCUAAACCCUAAAGUUCCAAACUACUUUGGAAAUUUGGUACUUUGGGCAUUUCCAAAAGCCAAAGUGAAUGAUCUUUUAAACCAGCCUUUACCAUAUGCAACAAAGCUCAUUCAUGAUGCAGUCACAAAUGUGAAUGACAAUUAUUUCAAAUCGUUCAUCGACUUCGCAAAUCAUGAGGUAAAAGAAGAGGAAGAUCUUGUUCCAAAUGCAGUGGCAGAUACAGAAGAGUCCAUAUUAUGGCCAAAUUUGGAGGUUGAUAGCUGGCUAAGGUUUCCAUUUUAUGAGCUAGAUUUUGGAUGUGGAGGGCCUUAUAUUUUCAUGCCCUCUUUCUUCCCAACAGAGGGCAUGAUAUUUCUUCUUCCAUCCUUCAUACAAGAUGGAAGCAUAGAUGUUUUUGUUCCUCUCUUCAGGGACAAUUUAGAAACCUUCAGACAAAUUUGCUAUUCUCUAGACUAG